AGUAGUGGUUACUCGCCCCCCCCCCACGCUAUCUUGUAGACACAUUUUUGUCUUGCUUGGCAAGCUAACCAGACCUUUCCCUCAAUGCUCAACACCACAUUUACAAUCAGAUAUAGCUAGCUGACGUUACAUGUGAUUCUGUCAUUUGAAAUUAUCUUAGCUAUGUUGAUGAUUUGCUAAUCAAGUGUAUAUUUUGGGCACAUUUGGAAUACAAUGCCAUCUUCGAUGGAAGGAUCUUCUAGAGAAGGUGACCUGUUUACUGUGAAACAUGAGCUGAAAAAUGCCAACCUGACCGGCCACAUAGAGAGGGUGGGCAUCGAGAACUUUGAGCUGCUAAAGGUGCUGGGAACUGGAGCCUAUGGCAAGGUGUUCCUGGUGCGCAAAGUGAGCGGUCACAAUGCAGGGCAACUAUACGCCAUGAAGGUGUUGAAGAAGGCCACAAUAAUACAGAAGGCCAAGACAGCAGAGCACACACGCACAGAGAGACAGGUUCUGGAACACAUCAGGCAGUCACCGUUCCUCGUUACCCUCCACUACGCCUUCCAGACGGACACCAAGCUGCACCUCAUUCUAGAUUAUGUGAACGGUGGGGAGCUCUUCACACACCUGGUGCAGAGGGUUCGGUUCAAGGAGCAGGAGGUAGCUUUGUACAGUGGAGAGAUGGUGCUGGCACUGGAGCACCUACACCAGCUGGGGAUAGUCUACAGAGACCUGAAGCUGGAGAACAUCCUCAUGGACUCCAGCGGGCACAUAGUGCUCACAGACUUUGGCCUGAGCAAAGAGUUUGAUGAGUUGGAGAGGGCUUACUCUGUCUGUGGCACCAUUGAGUACAUGGCCCCAGAGAUCGCAGCGGGAGGAGAGGCUGGACAUGACAUGGCAGUAGACUGGUGGAGUCUUGGGGUAUUGAUGUAUGAACUUAUGACAGGCGGAUCACCAUUCACCGUCGAUGGAGACGACAACUCUCACACAGAUAUUGCCAAGAGGAUCUCAAAGAAGGACCCUCCGUUCCCCAAAGACAUGGGCCCUCUGGCCAAAGACCUCAUCCAGGGCCUCCUCAUCAAAGACCCAAAGAAGAGACUGGGCUCUGGGCCUGACGGAGCAGAAAACGUUAAGAAACAUCCAUUCUACCAGAAGAUUAACUGGGAGGACUUAGCAGCUAAGAGGGUGCCCGCCCCGUUCAAGCCGGUGAUCAGGGAUGAGCUAGAUGUCAGCAACUUUGCGGAGGAGUUCACUGAAAUGGACCCCACCUACUCCCCUGCAGCUCUGCCUCAGAACUGUGAUCGCAUCUUUCAGGGCUACUCGUUCAUGGCCCCCUCCAUCCUGUUCAAGUGGAACGCUGUAAUGGACGACACACUACAGCUGUGUGGAGGAUCAGGGUCACAGAGGCCGGGGUCUGCUGCUGUGGCCCGCAGCGCCAUGAUGAAGGACUCUCCGUUCUAUAUGAACUAUGAGAUGAACCUGACAGACAAUGCCCUGGGCGAGGGCAGCUUCUCCAUCUGUAGGCAGUGCACCCACAAGAAGACUGGCCAGAAGUACGCUGUGAAAAUCGUCAGCAAGAGGAUGGAGGCCCAGACACAGAAAGAGAUUGCAGCUCUGAAGCUCUGCGACGGCCACCCCAACAUCGUCAAGACUCACGAGAUUUACCAUGAUCAGCUGCAUACGUACCUGGUGUUGGAGCUGCUGCGUGGUGGAGAGCUGCUGGAGAGGAUACGGAGGAAGCAGCACUUCAGUGAGACUGAGGCGAGCCGCAUCAUGAGGAGACUGGUGUCAGCCGUCAGCCACAUGCACGAUGUAGGAGUGGUGCACAGGGACCUCAAGCCAGAGAACUUGCUGUUCACAGAUGAGAGCGAGAACUCUGAGAUAAAGAUCAUAGACUUUGGCUUCGCCCGGCUGAAGCCCCCAGACAACCAGCUGCUGAAGACGCCGUGUUUCACCCUGGCCUACGCCGCGCCGGAGAUCCUCAAAUACGACGGCUACGACGAGUCAUGUGACCUCUGGAGCCUGGGCGUCAUCCUGUACACCAUGUUGUCGGGUCAGGUGCCAUUCCAGUGUCAGGGGAAGAGUUUGACCCACACCAGCGCUGAAGAGAUCAUGAGGAAGAUUAAACAGGGAGACUUCUCCUUCGAGGGCGAGGCCUGGAGGAGUGUCUCGCAGCAGGCCAAGGACCUUAUACAAGAGCUGCUGACAGUGGACCCUGACAAGCGGAUCAAGAUGUGUGGUCUGCGGUACAACGCCUGGCUCCAAGACGACAGCCAGCUCUCCUCCAACCCUCUGAUGACACCAGACAUCCUGGGCUCCUCCACCACCGUGUCCGUACACACCUACGUCAAGGCUACCUUUAACGCGUUCAACAAGUGUAAGCGGGAGGGUUUCCGUCUGCAGACGGUGGACAAGGCCCCGCUGGCCAAGAGGAGGAAGAUGAAGAAGACCAGCACCAGCACAGAGACCAGGAGCAGCUCCGGUGAGAGCACCCACUCCUCUUCCUCCUCCUCCCAGUCCCACCAGGACACCCACUCCUCUUCCUCCUCCUCCCAGUCCCACCAGGACACCCACUCCUCUUCCUCCUCCUCCCAGUCCCACCAGUACACCCACUCCUCUUCCUCCUCCUCCCAGACCCACCAGGACACCCACUCCUCCUCUUCCUCCUCCUCCUCCCAGACCCACCCGGACACCCACUCCUCUUCCUCCCAGACCCACCAGGUGAAGACGGGUGGAGACCCCAACCCUCCACCCCAGCCCUCCAACACCACCCCUGUCACGACACCCCUCGCCCUGGGCUCAGACAGCGACCCUGCCCCGGAACGCCCGCGCCCUCCAGCCUUCCACUUCUCACAAUGAGAGACAGGCGGUGUAUUAAAAGGGGAUCAGCCUGAGCACGGCUGAUUCGCUUAAUCUUAAUUCGUAGGUCAGUCUUUCUGUGCGGUCACAUGCGGUCAAUCUCAAAACACGCACUGAGCGAGCAAGGGGAAAGAAGGCAGGGAGAAGGCCUGCGCCGUCAGAAAGAUGGCUGGACGGACGGCAGGGAGAACCCUCUAUUGUUCUCUCCCUCUCUUGCUCUCCUUCCAUGGCAGCUCGCAGUCAAUCAGUCACACGCAUGGACAGCAAGCGCGCGCACGCACGCCUCAAACUGAGCAUGCAGUGGGAGCAGGAACCACCUCUCGGUCAUUGCUUAGCAGUAGACACACGCCAAAUGAUAAGGGCUCCUCUAUGGAUUCAGGGCUAGACAGCGGCGAGAACCCUCUACAACCACAACUCUGUUUCAGUCAUGUCUUUUUGUUUGUUGGUUUGUCAGGUUUAGUAGAUGGUCGUCCUGGUUGUGUUUCUUGGUCUCUUUUUAUACUGGCAUGUUGCGUUAUUUAAAAAAUGGGCCGCUAAGCCACAAGUACUGCAGCUUCUCACAUUGGGGUGAACCUCUAGUUUUUAAAGCGGAGCACAUAUAUUUUGCAGGAUUUUAUGUAUGACAAUAAUGCAGACCGAAAUUCUUUCUUCUUUUUGUGUUAACUUAUUAAUGGUUCACAGAUGUUUUAUGAUAGAUGGAAAAGCUCAGACCACCAACCUGAGAUCUAGAACCCCCCUGAGAUCUAGAACCCCCCCCCCCUGAGAUCUAGACCCAGUGUCACCUCAUUGCAAAACGUUUCAAUGGCAGGUUGAUGUUAUGUUUCAGGUCUAUUCAGUGUUUUGUUGUGGACGACAAAUAGUAGGGUAGGAUCCUCAUAUACAUCAACUUGUCUUGAAGGUGGCAGGGGAGUUACAAGUACUGUGCCAAAAACCUCUGCCUUUUCUACAUUAGAUGCUGUCUCCUGCCCUUGUGUCUGUCUGUGUUUGUCUGUCUGUCUCUAAAGUUUUAGAACAGCUACUCAUUCAAGUGUUUUUCUUUUGACAAAUUUCUACAUUGUAGAAUAAUAUUGAAGACAUCAAAACUAUGAAAUAACACACAUGGAUUCAUGUAGUAACCAAAAAAGUGUUCCAAAAAUCAAAAUAGAUUUUAUAUUGGAGAUUCAGCCACCCUUUGCCUUUGACAGCUUUGCACACUAGGCAUUCUCUCAACCAGCUUCAUGAGGUAGUCACUUGGAAUGCUGUUCAGUGGCAGAAUGACAGAUUUGUACCUUGUCAGCUCGGGGAUAUGAACUUGCAACCUUUCGGUUACUAGUCCAACGCUCUAACCACUAACCCUGCCGGGUGGCUAUAUGUGGGAACUUCUUCAAGAUUGUUGGAAAAGCAUUCCAGGUGAAGCUGGUUGAGAGAAUGCCAGGACUGUGCAAAGGGUGGCUAUUUUGAAGAAUCUCAAAUAUAUUUUGAUUUAAGAUUUUUUUGGGGGGUUACAAUAUGAUUUCAUAUGUUUUAUUUCAUAGUUUUAAUGUCUUUGCUAUUAAUCUUCAAAAUAGAAAAUAGUAAAAAAUAAAGAAGAACCCUUGAAUGAGUACUGUCUGGCUCUGCUUCAGACUUCUACAAAACAGUUCACUGGUUGCUAUUUUUGUAGAAACAUAAAUGAAUCUCCUUUCAUCGUGUCUUUCUCUGUAUUCUAGUGUUGCAGGACUGAGAUAAUGGUUGGUUGGCGUUCUUGGGACACGCACUGUGGUUUGAACUCUUGUGAUGCACAUCUUGACAUGUUGCUUUGCGAAGAGCGCCUCGACUUGGCUUUCUUUAUCUACUUGAGUAUUUAGAAACGGCAUUCUGUGGAAACACACUUUUAGGUAGCGACCUGUUAAGAUCUGCAUGCGAUGUUUCCUUUCUAUGCAAGUACUCACAUGUUUCCCCAUCCGGAUCAUAUUGGUGAGGAUCCUUCAUGUCUGAAUAUCUGUAUGGCACUGUCUGACUGUCAGAGGCGAGAACCUGUUUAUUUCUAGACAACGGGGCACAGGGACUUGUCAGCUUGCUUUUCGGGUUGAGGGCUUCAUUUGAACUCAGUUCAUGUUGAAACCAUAAAUAUAUUAUUGCUCUCCCCAUUUCUUGCAGUCAAAUCCAGAAAAGGUCUGAACCUAUAGCUUGAUAUGUCAACAGGGAACACUUUACACACACACACACACACACACACACACACACACAUGCACUUCUCAGUUUCAUGGACUAAAAGGCUGAACCCUAGAAGCUAAAUAGUACAAAGCUCUUCUCUUCUCCUGACUUCAUUCUGCAUGAGUUCCCUCCCUCCUUCUUUUCUGCCCCAUUAAACCUAAAGUUGUUUGGGUCUAUUAAUAGACUAGAGAGCACAACCCACAGAAGAGAGGAAGCAGGGGAUGGGAGGACCGGAAGAGAGGGU